AACACCAACAAAUCGCUCUAAUGCAAUAGCAACUAGCCCAAAUGAUGCAAGCUCAAAAUAAUAUAAGCCAGACAAUUACACAGUUUGUUGCUAUAGCUCUAGCCACUUAUGGCAUCUCCUCUCAAGCAGGUCAUCAUGUAGUUGCCCUACCACAGUCGUCACAUGGUCAUGGCUUAGGUCUUCGCAUGAAUUCAACUUUCACCUACUCAAUUGAUUCUACACAAACCUCUCCUACGGUCCUUGAAUAUCAACAGCAAUAGUAGCAGCAACAGCAGUUUUCCCCUCAAGAUAAUGCAUACCAUCCUAUUUUUGAUCCAGACUAUUUGGGUCCUUAGUUUUUUCUUUUUCUUUUUUUUCUGCUAUGCACAUUUUAUCUGCACACUUUGCAUGGUUGGCUUUAUUUCUGUUAGUACUUUAAACUGCUAGCUUUAGCUGUUCAUUACGAUAUCUUUUUCCUAUUUUGCUUGACCUCCAGUGAUCAUACU